AUGAGCCAAUAUCUUCAAUGCCUUCUAUCAAAGCAGUCUGAACUGACUCGCCUUUCAGAGGAGUGUGCCACGCUACGUGCCCGUGAUUCUAACUUGUCGGCAUUCACUCAGCGUCUUUCUGAACAAGCGGCCAGCCUUCAGACUACUCAGAUGAUGCUUUCUACUCAGCUCGACGAGGCUCAAAAUGAUGCAGAUAGUGCACGCCAGGCUGCCCGUCAAGCCGAAGAAGCGCUGGUGGCUGCCCAGGCUGCCAGGCGACAAAGUGAUGAACAGAUUACGGACCUGAAUAAUAGGGUAGGUCACAUAUAG